CUCCAUGCGGAGCUGAAACAGGUGCUGAGCCUGAAACGGAGCCAGCUAAGAGAGGCAUCUAACACGUCCGAAGAAGGCAUGGAUCCCCCAACGCAGGUCAGCGUAUCAAAGGAGGAAGCUCCUACUUCUGAGCUGGUGGAGGUCGUGCUGGAGACGGAGGCAGAGGCUGGGGCCAGUGGUUACAGUGUGACCGGAGGAGGGGAGCGAGGCAUUUUUGUCAAAGAAGUGCUGAAAGACUCACCUGCAGCAAAGCACCUCAGUCUCCAGAAAGGUGAUCAACUGCUUAGUGCCAGAGUUUACUUCGACAAUGUGAAGUAUGAGGAUGCCCUGAAGAUCCUGCAAUGUGCUGAACCCUACAAGGUCUCCUUCUUUCUGAAGAGAACAGUGGCAGGCACUGAUGUCAGCGUUCAACCAGGAUCUACCAGUCUAGAACUCAAAGGACCCAAAGCCAAGAUGCCUAAAAUGAGCGUCAAGAGCAUCAAGCCCUUCAAGGCUAAGAAAAAGAGAGGAGGACGAUUUGGCUUGAAAAGACUUAAAGAGAACAAGAAGGCAAGAGCUGGAGCAGAGUUCAAACCAGAAGGCUCACCUGCAAAGCUGGAGCUCAGCCCUGUGGAUGUGGAAUUUGCAUUCCCCAAAUUCAACAAGCUGAGGAAGGGCGGAAAGGCUUCGGCAGAGGGGGGGACCGAGUUGCCUGAAGGAGUGGUGGCCACAGGCAGGAAGAAGAGAAAGAUCAGAUUCCCCAGAAUGAGGAUGAAGGAGGCUGCUGGAGCUACAGGGAAAGUCAGUGUGGACAUACCAAAGCCUGAGGGACAAGCAACUGUGGCACUGCCAGAAGGAGGUGGUGACCUGGAAGUGCCUGGAGCAACAGUUAAAGCCAAGGGGAAGGCUCCAAAGUUUGGCAUCACCUUCCCUAAAACCAAGAAAACCAAAAUGGACUCAACCUUGCCUGAGGGGGGCGUGGAGCUUAAGCCACCUGAGGGCCAAUUUAGACCCCCCUCAGUGGAGUUUGACUUCAGUUUGCCAUCUGGAAAAAAAGACAUAGACCUACCUGAACUAGAAGUGAAGGAAAAAGAGGACAUCAAGUUUAGGCCUCCGGAAGUAGAAAUUUCCUUAGGUCUUCCCUCAGGAAAAGCUGAGGCAACUUUGCCUCACCCUGAAGCAGAGGCAAAGGGCAAAGGAGAGAUAAAAGGUCCCAAAAUAGAUAUCAAAGGAGAUAUUGAAACACCAGAGGGGAAACUGAAAGGGGAAAGUUUCAAAUUCAAAAUGCCCAAGGUUGGUUUUGAAGGUCCAGAAGAAGCAGAACUUGAUAUUGAAGUCCCAGAUGACAAAGUGAAGAAGCCAAAGCUGAAACUGCCCAAAAUUGAACUUGCUCGCCACUCUGUUGAAAUCGAAGGAGUUGAUGUACCUGAGGGGAAGGAAAAGGCUGGGCUGAAAAUGCCAUCCAUUGACAUCACAGCACCAAAGGUUGAUUUUGACUUGAGCCUGCCAAAGGGAAAAGGGGAGGUGAAGACGCCAGCAGCAGAGAGCACUGGUGAUGAAGGUUUGAAGAUAACCAUGCCAAAAAUAACGCUACCAAAGUUUGGGGGUUCAAAGGGAGAAAUAGAGGUGGAUGCCGAAGGUCUUGAUGUCUCAGGUAAAGGCCCAAAGAUAAAGAUGCCAUCUGUUGGAAUAUCCUUACCAAAAGCAAAAGGGAGUGCAGAUAUAACAGUUCCUGAGCUAGGUGGUGAGGGGAAGAUAAAAGGACCAGGAAUCAAAAUGCCAGCCAUUGACAUCUCAGUACCUAAACCUGACAUUGACCUACAUCUACCAAAGGGCAAAGGUGGGUCUGAAAUGGAACUGAAAGGAGAUUUGGAUGGAGGAAGCCAUGGCAGCAAGGAAAGGCUGGAUUUUAAAAUGAAAAUGCCAAAAAUAUCCCUACCAAAGUUUGGAGGAAAAGGGCAUGUGAAAGGGUCAGAAGGUGAUGUAUACAUUUCUGUCCCUAAAGUCGAUGUGAAAGGCCCAUCUGUGGACAUUAAUGCUAAAGAGAUUGAUGUGCAAGGCCCAGAUGUGAAAGGUGCAAAAAUAAGUAUGCCCCAAGUGGAUAUUUCUCUGCCUAAACUCAAGCCUGUUGAAAUUGCAACACCUGAUGAGGUUGAGGGACCAUCCUUCAAAGGUCCAAAAAUAUCCAUGCCAAAAUUUGACAUUUCACUCCCGAAGAUUGGCUUACCUGAGCUAGACAUAGAAGGUCGUGAAAAAGGCGAAACUAUCGGCAUGCCAAAAAUUGACAUUUCACUACCAAAGAUGAAGUCACCAGAGACUGAGAUUGAUGUGGAGGGUCCAGAAGUGAAAGGCAGCAAAUUUCAUAUGCCCACAGUUGAUAUUUCACUUCCAAAAGGUAAAUUACCAGAAGCUGAAAUUGAUCUGGAGGGACCUAAACUGAAAGGCGGCAAAUUUCACAUGCCCAAAAUUGAUAUUUCACUUCCCAAAGGAAAGUUACCAGAGGUUGAAGUUGACUUAGAGGGUCCUGAGAUCAAAGGUGGCAAAUUUCAAAUGCCCAAAAUUGAUAUUUCACUUCCCAAAGGCAAGUUACCGAAAGCUGAAAUUGAUGUAGAGGGUUCUGAUGUCAAAGGUGGCAGAUUUCAGAUGCCCACGAUUGAUAUUUCACUUCCAAAAGGAAAAUUACCAGAAGGUGAAAUGGAUGUAGAGGGUCCUGAGGUCAAAGGUGGCAAAUUUCAGAUGCCCAAAAUUGACAUUUCACUUCCCAAAGGAAAGUUACCAGAAGGCGAAAUUGAUGUAGAAGGUCCUGAUAUCAAAGGUGGAAAAUUUCACAUGCCCAAAAUUGAUAUUUCACUUCCAAAAGGAAAGUUACCAGAAGGUGAAAUUGAUGUAGAAGGUCCUGAUGUCAAAGGUGGAAAAUUUCAGAUGCCCAAAAUUGAUAUUUCACUACCAAAAGGAAAGAUACCAGAAGGUGAAAUUGAUGUAGAAGGUCCUGAUGUCAAAGGUGGAAAAUUUCAGAUGCCCAAAAUUGAUAUUUCACUUCCAAAAGGAAAGUUACCAGAAGGUGAAAUUGAUGUAGAGGGUCCUGAGAUCAAAGAACGUGAGAUUGAGUAUGAAGGCCCUAAAAUGCCCAAAGUGAAGAAAGCAGUAUUUGUUUUAGUGAAUCCAAAAACUGACGGGUCUGACGUGUCUGCAAGCUUUUCAGAGGGAGAAACAAGUGCAGAGCCUUCCGACGUCAAAGUGAAAGUGCCAAAGAUCAAAAUGAAACCAAGUUUUGGGAAAUCACGCUCCAAGGAAAAAGGAACAGCUGUGAAUGGAGAAGAAGAGGCUGAUGGGGAUGGGAAGUCAAAGGGAGCCAAACUGAAGAUGCCCAAAGUUACCUUCUCUCCAGGCAAAACAGGCUCUUUUGACGUAACUGGAUCAGGUUCAGCAGGACCCAAAAAAGCUGAUGGAUCAGGACCUAAUGUCAAUGGAGAGAAAGAUCUGACAUUCCAGAAUGGAUCCAAGGAAGACAAAUCCAAAUUUGGGAAACUCAAGCUGCCAAAGAUUGAGUUCUCCUCCCCAUACUCAAAAAACAGUGGGACAGAAGAGGAUGUUGAGAUGAGCAUGAAGCUGGUCAAAAAGGAGGAGUCCUCAGGGACUGAGGGAGAAGGCAAAGGAAUAAAGAACAAAUCCAAAAUCACUUUACCCGGUUUCAAGAAAAAAACUGGAAAAGGAGAGGAGGAGCAGCCAGACCCACUGGUGUCCUCCAAAGCCAGGACAGAGAUGCUGACGGAAAGGGAAGGUUCAGAGUCACCCACACCUAAGAUUUCUAUUGGCUUCGUCUCUGGGAGGCCAAGGGGUCAGGCAGAGACUGAUACCACAGCUGGUGGUGAUGCAAGGCGUAGUGACAGCAGCAAAAAGGAGACUGAUGGGAAGGAGAAGUCACCUCGAUUUAAGGUCCCUAAGUUCAGCCUGAGCCCUCGGUCCACUGGGAUCCUCCAGAUCACACCGGAGAGCUCUCCCCGGGGGAGCAAAUCCUCACUCCAGUGCUCCGGGGAAGAAGAGGCCUCCGCUGGAAUCAGGAUCCAGAUGCCCAAGAUUGGGUUCUCCACCCAGAAGACCUCAGAGGAACAGAUCACCACGUCCAAGGAAGGCACUGUGACGGUAGUGACAAAAACAACCAAGCACACAGCAAAGGAAUCUGGGACUAGUGAAGCCCACAGUUCAUUUUCACCUUGGAAUUACUGA